CUCCAUUCUCCAUUCACUCCAAUCCCCCAAGCAAUCCACCAAGCAAACCCGAUGGCCCGCACGAAGCAGACGGCGAGGAAGUCCACCGGCGGCAAGGCGCCGAGGAAGCAGCUGGCCACCAAGGCGGCGCGCAAGUCGGCGCCGGCCACCGGCGGCGUGAAGAAGCCGCACCGCUUCCGCCCCGGCACCGUGGCGCUCCGGGAGAUCCGCAAGUACCAGAAGAGCACCGAGCUGCUCAUCCGCAAGCUGCCCUUCCAGCGCCUCGUCAGGGAGAUCGCGCAGGACUUCAAGACCGACCUGAGGUUCCAGUCCUCCGCUGUGUCGGCGCUGCAGGAGGCCGCCGAGGCAUACCUGGUGGGGCUGUUCGAGGACACCAACCUCUGCGCCAUCCACGCCAAGCGCGUCACCAUCAUGCCCAAGGACAUCCAGCUCGCAAGACGCAUCAGGGGAGAGAGGGCCUAGAUUCGUCUGCUUCCUUCCCAGUGUCUGUACUCUGAUCUGCAGGUGUAGAGAUCUUGUUGUGAUUCCCCGUUCCAGAUAAUGUUAUGUUCUAGUGUCUGAUGUUACCAUCUUGUUGUCAUCAGCAAUCUGAAUCAAAGUUGGCUCUCUGAUCUCUGUCCAUUUUGUGUUCUUGUGACGCAUUUUGUUGACUCUCGGGAUCAGAGAAUCAACUUUGACAAUCACCUUAGAUUCAGCAAAGAAGCCAUUUUGUGUUCUUGUGAA